CAACCACCACACCACACAGGGUCCGGUCCAUACGGGAUCAGUCUCGGCACUAACCCACCACCAACCACCACAUACCACCAACACCGGCUCCCAACUUCACCGUCGCCGCCCGUCCAGAAGCAGCCGCCGGCGUGUCCGGGCAGACCCGUCGCUCUCCGUCCAGCCCACAGGUCUCCCAUGGUUUUUCUGCGCCAUGUGUCCGUCGCUCUGUCGGCCGCGGCGGCUGCUCUGGGCUCCGCGCUCUUCCUGGCGCUCAACUUCUUCUACCAGAGGAAGCUGUGGAGCCCCCAGGCCGAGUACAGCAUGCUGACCGAGGAGUCGCGGGCGGAGGAUAAGAAGCAGCAGGUCCUGGUCCUGGGAUUGGACGGCGCCGGGAAGAGCAGCCUAUUGCACUGUCUCACCUUAGGGGGCGGGGCUCCAGGGGGCGUCGCCAGGCCGGGGCACCGCCGUCCAACCAGAGGCUUCAACUUCAUGAGCCUGCGAGGCUCCGCCCACCAGCUGGACUUCCUGGAAAUCGGGGGUGACCAGGAGCUGCGGUGCUAUUGGCUGGAGUACCUGAGGAAGACGGACAUCCUGGUGUACGUGGUGGACGCCUCCGACCGCCAGCGCCUCCCGCUGGCCAGACAGGAACUGCAGCUCCUGCUGAAUAUGGAGCGGCAUCUGCCAGUGGUGGUGCUGGCUAACAAACAGGACCAGGCCGAUGCUUUGGGUGUUACUGAGCUCCAUGAGGGGCUCUCUCUGGGCUCCGUGACCCAGGACAGACGCCUCUUCCUCCUGGCCACCCAGCUGGGGAACUCUGCUGUCGGCCUGGAGGCCCUGCAAGACCUGCUGCUGAAGCUGCACUGAGGAGGAAGAGGUGGAGGAGGAGAGG